CGAUAGUAAAAAUGGAAUUGCAGAAGGGAUUCAGGCUAUUGUCUCAACAAUACAAAGCUUUGUUCACGAAGAAUUUGCUGCUCGCAUGGCGGAACAAGAGAGCUACAUUCCUUCAAGUGUUUUCAUCAAUAUUCUUCAUAUUUUUGCUUUUCAUUAUUCAGAAAGCAAUUGAAGCUCGAUUCGGUUCUUCUACUGAUUUCAAUAGCGUACGUGAUCCUGAGCCGCUAAUCAAUCCCCCGAUCCUUCCGUGUGAUGACAAGUAUUACACUAGGUUUCCGUGUUUUGACUUUGUUUGGAGCGGCAAUGACAGUGCGAGGAUUGGAUCGAUUGUUGAUGGAAUCAGGGCUAAUAAUCCUGGUCGACCUAUUCCUCUCACCAAGGUGAAAUCAUUUCAAACAAGGAGGGAGGUGGAUGAAUGGUUUUUAGCUAAUCCUAUGAGCUGUCCUGGAGCUCUGCAUUUUGUAGAGAGAAAUGCUUCUGUAAUUAGUUACGGUUUACAAACAAACUCUACACCUGCUGCGAAACGAGGAGAUUUCGAAGAUCCUACAUUGAAAUUCCAAAUACCACUCCAAAUUGCUGCUGAACGUGAAAUUGCAAGGUCCUUAAUAGGAGAUCCUAGUUUCAGUUGGGUUGUUAAUCUGAAGGAAUUUGCACACCCUGUAGUUCAAUCAUUCUCUUCUGUGGGCACAGUAGGACCAAGUUUCUUCCUGGCGAUUGCCAUGUUCGGUUUUGUGUUACAGAUUAGCUCUUUGAUUGUUGAGAAAGAACUCAAGCUGCGCCAGGCGAUGGCUAUGAUGGGUUUGUAUGAUACAGCUUAUUGGUUAUCCUGGCUUACAUGGGAGGGAGUUAUCACCCUGUUUUCAGCUCUUUUCACAGUGCUCUUUGGAAUGAUGUUUCAGUUUGAUUUCUUCUUAAACAACAGUUUUGAAGUUGUGUUUCUUGUGUUCUUCCUUUUCCAAUUAAACAUGAUUGGUUUUGCGUUCAUGUUUUCAUCAUUCAUCAGCAAAUCCACUUCGUCUACAACUGUCGGUUUCUCUGUAUAUAUAGUUGGCUUUCUGACACAGGUGGUUACCGUAUUUGGAUUUCCCUACAGUGACAGCUACCCUAACGCAUACAGGAUCAUCUGGUCUUUCUUCCCGCCUAAUCUUCUUGCUAAAGUCCUUCAGUUGCUUUCUGAUGCUACUGCUGCUCCAGAAGACCCUGGUAUCAGCUGGAGCGGUAUAGGGAAAUGCGCACCAAAUGACACGGAUUGUCUAAUCACAGUGAAUGACAUCUAUAUAUGGCUUGUAGCAACGUUUAUUCUGUGGGUUUCUCUGGCAAUCUACUUCGAUAAUAUACUGCCCAACUCAUCAGGUGUAAGAAAACCAAGUUUCUACUUUUUGAACCCUGGAUACUGGUCAGGGAGAGGUGGAGACAGGGUGGAAGAGGGUCGGAUUUGUAGUUGCAUGCGCUCUCUUCCACCAAUGGAACAUACAGCUCCAGACGAUGAGGAUGUACUUCAAGAAGAAAACGUUGUAAAGCAGCAACAUAGAGAAGGUGCUGUUGAUCCAAAUCUUGCAGUUCAGAUACAUGGUCUUGUGAAAGUAUAUCCUGGAACAACUAACAUUGGUUGCUGCAGUUGCAAGAAAAGUGCACCUUACCAUGCACUUAAGGGCUUAUGGGUGAACUUUCCGAAGGAUCAGCUUUUUUGUCUUCUAGGACCCAAUGGAGCUGGAAAAACUACGGCAAUCAACUGCUUAACUGGAAUCACACCAGUCACUGAAGGAGAUGCUCUCAUAUAUGGACAUUCCAUCCGAAGCUCUAUUGGUAUGUCAAAUAUCCAGAAAAUGAUAGGUGUUUGCCCGCAGUUUGAUAUUCUUUGGGAUGCACUAUCUGGACAAGAACACCUCUACCUAUUUGCCAGUAUCAAGGGGAUGCCCCCUGCUUCACUUAAACUAGUUGUGCAAAAAUCAUUGGCAGAGGUGAGACUCACUGAGGCAGCCAGAGUGAGAGCUCGUAGCUACAGUGGAGGAAUGAAACGCCGCCUCAGUGUUGCUAUAGCUCUAAUUGGCGAACCAAAGUUGGUUAUCUUAGAUGAACCGACUACUGGUAUGGACCCAAUAACUCGAAGACAUGUUUGGGACAUCAUUGAGAAUGCAAAGAAAGGACGGGCUGUUAUUCUAACGACACAUUCAAUGGAAGAAGCUGAUAUUUUAAGUGAUAGAAUAGGAAUCAUGACAAAAGGUAGGCUUAGCUGCAUCGGAAAUUCAAUCAGGUUGAAGUCGAGAUUUGGUACUGGUUACAUUGCUAAUAUAAGCUUCUUGGGGAAUGCGACUGUGUCCAGAGAAGAUGUCACCGCUGCAACACAUCAUGAGGAAGUGAAGCUGUUCUUUAAAGAGCGUUUAGAUGUGCUUGCAAAAGAAGAAAAUAAGUCCUUCCUGACAUUUGUUAUCCCCCAUGACAAAGAGGGCUUACUAACGAAAUUCUUUGAGGAGCUAGAAAAUAGAGCGGAGGAAUUUGGUAUAUCGGACAUCCAAUUGAGUCUUACAACUCUUGAAGAAGUCUUUCUCAACAUUGCAAAGCAGGCAGAGUUUGAAAGUGCUGCAGCUGAAGGUAGAUUCACCACAUUGACUUUGUCAUCAGGAACCUCUCUUCAAAUACCAGUUGGAGCAAGAUACAUAGGAAUUCCAGGAACAGUUUCUUCAGAGAAUUCGAGAGGAGUUAUGGUGGAAGUUUUCUGGGGGCAAGAUGAUGCAGGUACCCUCUGCAUUUCAGGCCACUCAAACGAAACACCGAUACCGCCCAACGUUCAACUAGGAGAUGUUCCAUCAUCCCACACCAGAAGAAACUUGUUAGGCCGAUCUGAGCCAGCUCGUGGAAUCGUUAUUGAUCCAAAUGAAAUUGGAAAUACAACAUCUCGAGGAGGUGAAGCUUCAGUUGAGUAGCAUGUAUUAUAAAAUCGUCCUUCAAGCCGUACAAAUGUAUACCAUCAGGAAUUUACAGCUCGAUCUGUAUGGUGUUAUUGUGAGUAAUCGGGCGAUCAAUAAGUCAUCGGUAUUUAAGUUAUAGUGAGGUCGUUUUUCGAUAGAAUAAGUCAUUUCCGUCGUUCGGAUUGUUUGUAUGUGUAGUUCAUUGUAAUUAUUGUUUAUAGUUUUUGGGAUUUGUGGGUGCAAUUGAAGUAUUGCUAGUUGAUAAUCA